ACCCCGCGGGGAGGGACCCCGCGAGGAGGGACCCCGCGGGGAGGGGCGCCGCGGGGAGGUGCCGUAAGCGGUGCCGUGAGGGGCGCCGUGGCCCCGCGGCCCCGCUCACGUCCCGGCCGCUCCAGAGGCGCGUUGGCUUUGGCUCGCAGCAGGAGGACGGUGCAGUAAAGUGAGUGGCUGUGAUGGCAAGUGCCUGUUCGAGAGGUCCCAAUCCAGGACAACAGCAAAUGCGCAGCCUUCUAUGUAGACUUGGUUUCGCCGUCUUGGAUAAUGAGAGGUUAACAGCAGAGGAAAUGGAUGAAAGGCGACGCCAGAAUGUAGCCUAUGAAUACCUUUGUCAUCUGGAGGAAGCAAAGAGAUGGAUGGAGGCUUGUUUGAAUGAGGAGCUUCCUGCCACAACAGAGCUGGAAGAAGGAUUGAGAAAUGGAGUCUACUUGGCAAAACUUGGAAACUUUUUCUCCCCUAAAGUGGUUUCUGUGAAGAAGAUCUAUGACAGGGAACAGACUAGGUAUAAGGCAACUGGUCUCCACUUCCGACACACAGAUAAUGUGAUCCAGUGGCUGAAUGCCAUGUCUGAGAUUGGUCUCCCCAAGAUAUUCUACCCAGAAACAACAGAUAUCUAUGAUCGCAAGAACAUGCCACGCUGUAUCUAUUGUAUUCAUGCACUCAGCCUGUACCUUUUUAAACUGGGUCUUGCCCCUCAGAUUCAGGAUUUGUAUGGCAAGGUAGACUUCACAGAGGAGGAAAUCAGUAAUAUGAGGCUUGAACUGGAGAAGUAUGGCAUUCAGAUGCCUGCCUUCAGCAAGAUUGGAGGAAUUCUUGCAAAUGAGCUUUCUGUGGAUGAAGCUGCAUUGCAUGCUGCUGUCAUUGCCAUUAAUGAAGCAAUUGACCAUCAGGUUCCAGCUGACACUCUUACAGCAAUGAAGAACCCUAAUGCUAUGCUAAUAAAUCUGGAUGAUCAACUGGAAUCCACUUACCAAGCCACACUCUACAGAGCAAAGCAAGACAAGAUGGACAAUGCUAAAAAUAGGAUUGCCUCAGAAAGUCCAGAUAGAGAGAGAGAUGUGUAUGAAGAACUUCUGACUCAGGCUGAGAUUCAGGGAAACAUCAAUAAAGUGAACACACAUGCAGCCAUAUCAAAGAUUGACCUGGCUUUGGAACAAGGAGAUGCAUUAGCACUGUAUGAAGCUUUGGCAACACCAGCCCUGGGACUUCGAGGAUUGCUGCAAGAAAAUUGUGACUGGUAUUUCAAGCAGUUCUUGAGUGAUAGACAACAGAAACAGGAGGCUGGCCUUACAGGUCCUCUGCAGAAGGAAGAGUUGCAGUUGGGAGUGGAUACUGCUAACAGGGCAGCACAACAGUACCAGCAAAAACUGGCAGCAGUAGCCAAAAUUAAUUCAGCAAUUCGAAUGGGUGAUGCUGAGAAGACUGUGGCAGAAAUGAUGAAUCCAGAGGCCCAGUUACCAGAGGUUUAUACAUUUGCUGCAGAUCUUUACCAAAGGGAGCUGGUCACCUUACAGCAACAGAGCCCGGAAGGUCACCUCACCCAUCCAGAACUAUCUGUUGCUGUAGAGAUGCUGUCUUCUGUGGCCCUGAUUAACAGGGCUUUGGAUUCAGGGGAUAUGAACACAGUGUGGAAACAACUGAGCAGUCCUGUCACAGGCCUUACAAACAUUGAGGAUGAGAACUCGCAGAGAUACAUUGAUGAUUUGGUGAAGCUGAAAGCUGAAAGAAGUGCAGAAGGAAAUGAAUUUAUCACAUGGAAUGAUAUCCAAUCAUGUGUUGAUCAUGUGAAUAAAGUUGUGCAUGAAGAACAUGAAAGGAUUUUGGCAAUUGGUCUUAUUAAUGAAGCUCUGGACGAAGGGGACACCAAGAAGACUCUUCAAGCCUUACAGACUCCUGCAGCAAAAUUGGAGGGUGUCGCCCCAAAGGUAGCACAGCAUUACCAAGAUACACUACUUCGAGCCAAGAGAGAGAAAGCGCAGGACACACAGGAUGAAACAGCUGUACUUUGGCUAGAUGAAAUUCAGGAUGGGAUUCAUAAGGCUAACAAGGACACGGAGGAGUCCCAGAGAUUCUCCUUAGGAAUUCUAGCCAUUAAUGAAGCAGUAGAUCAUGGUGACGUUAGCCAGACCCUGAGUGCCUUGCGUUCACCUGAUGUUGGGCUGUACGGAGUCACUCCAGAAUGUGCUGAGACGUACCAGCAAGAAUUGUCAGAAGUUAAGAAAAGGGCAGCAGGGGGCAAUGGCAGCGAGUGGGUGAAACACUGGGUGAGAGGAGGCUAUCAUUAUUAUCAUAACCUGCGGACCAAAGAGGGAGGAUGGGAUGAACCAGCAGAAUUUGUGCAAAAUGACACUCAGCUGUCACGGGAAGAGAUACAGAGCACCAUAUCUGGAGUCACUGCAGCAUACAACCGAGAACAGUUGUGGCUUGCAAAUGAGAACCUGAUUAUGAAACUUCAGGCUUGCUGUCGAGGGUAUCUUGUUCGCCAGGAAUUCAACUCAAGAAUGAAUUUUUUGAAGAAGCAAGUCCCAGCAAUCACUUGCAUUCAGUCUCAAUGGCGUGGCUACAAGCAAAGGAAGGCAUAUCAAACCCGUUUGGAUUACCUACGCGCGCAAAAGGACCAAGUAGUAAAGAUUCAGUCAAUGACCAGGAUGUAUCAAGCCAGAAGACGUUACAGAGAUCGUCUGCAGUAUUUCAGAAACCACAUAAAUGAUGUCGUAAAAAUUCAAGCCUUUAUUCGAGCAAACAAAGCCCGAGAAGACUACAAAACCCUCAUUAAUGCUGAUAAUCCACCUAUGGCUGUGGUUCGGAAAUUUGUCCACUUGCUUGAUCAGAGUGACCAAGAUUUUCAGGAGGAGCUUGAGCUAAUGAAGCUCCGUGAAGAAGUUGUAACCUUGAUCCGAUCCAAUCAGCAACUGGAAAAUGACCUCAAUCUCAUGGAUAUCAAAAUUGGUUUGCUAGUGAAAAACAAAAUUACAUUGCAGGAUGUUGUUUCUCAUAGCAAAAAACUUACCAAGAAGAACAAGGAACAGCUCUCUGACAUGAUGAUGCUGAACAAACAAAGGGGAGGUUUGAAAGCAUUGAGCAAAGAAAAGAGAGAAAAGUUGGAAGCCUAUCAGCAUUUGUUCUACCUACUUCAGACUAACCCAACCUACUUGGCCAAGCUGAUUUUUCAGAUGCCUCAAAACAAAUCCACAAAAUUCAUGGAUUCUGUCAUCUUCACGCUGUAUAACUAUGCAUCCAAUCAAAGAGAGGAAUACCUGUUGUUGCGACUUUUCCAAACAGCACUGCAGGAAGAGAUCAAAUCAAAAGUAGACCAGAUACAUGAAAUUGUGACUGGGAAUCCUACUGUUAUUAAAAUGGUGGUAAGUUUCAAUCGUGGUGCCCGUGGUCAGAAUGCCCUGAGGCAGAUCCUUGCGCCAGUUGUGAAGGAAAUCAUCGAUGACAAGUCACUUAAUAUCAAAACUGAUCCUGUGGAUAUUUACAAGUCUUGGGUUAACCAGAUGGAAUCUCAAACUGGAGAGGCCAGCAAACUACCGUAUGAUGUUACUCCUGAGCAAGCCCUAAGUCAUGAAGAGGUGAGGACGCGCUUGGAUGCCUCAAUCAGAAACAUGAGGACAGUGACAGACAAGUUCCUAUCUGCCAUUAUUAGUUCAGUGGACAAAAUCCCGUAUGGAAUGCGUUUCAUUGCCAAGGUCCUAAAAGACUCCCUGCAUGAGAAGUUUCCUGAUGCUGGUGAGGAUGAGCUUCUGAAGAUUGUUGGCAACUUACUCUAUUAUCGCUACAUGAAUCCAGCCAUUGUUGCACCAGAUGCAUUUGACAUCAUCGACCUUUCAGCUGGAGGUCAGCUGACGACAGAUCAACGCAGAAACCUCGGUUCCAUUGCAAAGAUGUUACAGCAUGCUGCAUCCAAUAAGAUGUUCAUGGGAGACAAUGCUCAUCUAAGCAUCAUUAAUGAAUACUUGUUGCAGUCAUACCAGAAAUUCAGACGUUUUUUUCAGGCUGCCUGUGAGGUUCCCGAAUUGCAGGAUAAAUUUAAUAUUGAUGAAUAUUCAGACUUGGUGACUCUCACUAAACCAGUAAUUUAUAUUUCUAUCGGUGAAAUCAUCAAUACACACACUGUAAGUAUGCAUUAGUCACAGUUGCUCCUUAUAACCAGUGUUUGUGAAGAAAAUGCUGCUUCUGUCUGAAACACAAAGGUACCAAAUACAAGGCUGAAAGUUGUCAUGAUUGUAGCUUGUGAGAGCUUGUUGGUUUAUCGAAUAUAGUAGUUUAGGUAUGGCUU